UCUUUUGCUACUCGAGCAAACUGUCUAAUUUUUGCCAUUACUGCUAUUCCACUGAUUUGCGUUGAGGAUUCGGAAGUGUGUCUGAUCGGAGAAAGCAGCAGUGCCUCUUCCUUUGACCAAUCAAGAUCUAUGGAAGUGAUGGACCUUACUACUGAUGAGGAUCUUGCGUUUGGUUUUAUUGCCAAGGAAGGUGAAGGUGCGUUCUCUCCUUGUCCCAGACCUGCUGGAGAUCUGAGCCUAAUUAUGCGUGAAUUGAACUGA